CCGAAGCGCUGUCGCCUGGAGGGACCUGACGGGGCGGCACCGGCGGCACCGCGGCCACCCGACGGCCGCUCACGUGGUCGGGAGGCCCGGCGGCGCGGGGACUACAUCCCCCAGAGUUCCGCGCGCGGCGCUUCCGGUGCGGCUUCCGGUGGCUCCGACAGGAUGCUGAGGCCCAAGGCUCUGACCCAGGUCCUGAGUCAGGCGAACACGGCGGGGGUGCAGAGCACCCUGCUGCUGAAUAACGAGGGCUCCCUGCUCGCCUACUCCGGCUACGGAGACACAGACGCGCGGGUCACCGCCGCCAUCGCCAGCAACAUCUGGGCGGCGUACGCCAAGAAUGGACACCAGGCCUUCAACGAGGACAAGCUGAAGUUCAUCCUCAUGGACUGCAUGGAAGGCCGAGUUGCGAUAACGCGGGUGGCCAACCUGCUGCUGUGCAUGUACGCAAAGGAGACGGUGGGCUUCGGCAUGCUGCAGGCCAAGGCUGAAGCCCUGGUUCAGUACCUGGAGGAACCUCUGACCCAGGUGGCUGCGUCGUAGGAGGGGUCAUUGGAGCGGUGUUCUGGGAGGGAGGGAGCCCCAGGGACCUGGGGGAUUUAACGGGAUGGGCUGGAGACAGGGCCCUCUGCACUUUGCAAAACUGCUGGAAAUUCUGCCAAGUUCGGUGUCAGUGAAAGAAUAAACGUGGAAGGAAGGAG